GGAUGUUCCAGAAUGCAAGGCAACAAAGUGCAUUCUGCAAGACCCUAUGCAUGUCCUGCUGGAGGGGAUAAUUCCAAUGGAAACUAAACUACUACUAGUUCACUGUGUUGAAAUGAAGUUCUUCACUAUCGCAAAACUUAAUGCUAUCAUUAGGAGCUUUGAAUACACGCGAGAAGAGAAGAAAGAUCAACCUGUUGAAAUUUCACGGGAUAAUGUGCAGUCUGAUAGCAAGUUACAGCAAACUGCUCAGUCAAUGAAGAACCUUCUUGUGCUCCUUCCUUUCAUGAUUGGAAACUUCAUACCAGAAACAGAUGAGAAGUGGAUCAACUACCUAAGACUGAUACAAAUUACGCUGCUCACAUUUUCAUCGGUAGCUUCAACUCGAACUGUGAACACACUGCAGCUUCUCAUCGCAACCCAUCAUUCUGCAUUUAGACGGCUCUACCCAGAAAGGCCAAUCACACCAAAAAUGCACUAUCUCAGUCACAUACCAAAGCAGAUAUGUGAUUUUGGACCAGCAAGAAAUCAUUCGUGUAUGCGGCUAGAAGGUAAACAUGGCGAGUGCAAAGACAAGAAAUAUAGAAACUUCAAGGCCAUCCACAAAUCGGUGACUGUUCAACACCAGUACAAAAUGUGCUUGCAGCAGUUCAAUGCUGAUGGCUCGGCCUCACAUGCAUACCUUUCAGAGGAUGACAUUGUUAAGGAAGGGCAUACUUGCAGUAUUGCUGACAGGGAAUUCCGCCAUUCUAUGAUUCAGAGAGAGUAUGGAGAUUCAGAGGAUGUUUGUGCACACCAAGCAUUGAAAACUACAGAGCUAAUUUCUCGUGGUCAUCGAUACACAGCUGGCACCAUACUGAUAAAAGAAUGUCCCCAGUGGGAGUAUCCAAAGUUCAUUACAAUUGAUGAGAUCCUGAUCUUCAACAAAGCCACAUAUUUUAUUUGUGAGGAACUAGAAACAGUUGCUUUCAAUUCACAUCUAAAUGCUUUCAGUGUUGCCAACACUGGUGAAGUGAAAACUGUGGCAUUGAAGCCAGAAACUGACCUAACAUAUCACUGGCCCCAGCUUGUGCAUACAGUGGACAGGACCAAGUAUGUGAUGCUUCAAAAUGUUGAUGAUGUAUGGCAGUUGUAGCAGUAGAGAAUGGUGUAGACUCUUCAGUUUUUCUCAGCCUUACUGAAGAUGACCUUUUCAGAAUGUUUCCAGGGAAGGUGGGAUAUGUCAGGAAGGUGAUGAUGGUUCAAAGUGAACUUAAUGCACCUCUAAGUGCAGAGGAAGCCACGGGCCCAGAAGGUGAUUCUGAUCUGCCUGGAGUACUCCAAUCACCAGAUGUGAGGUCACAGCUAACAGCAGCUCCAAUGGCCCCAAGGAUCUUGGACAUCAGCAAGCUUUCAAGUCCGAGUAUGGCGUCUGUUGGUGCAGGGGGAGACGAUGUAGCAGAAGAGGCGGGUAGUCAUCAGGAUCUAGAGUCUUCUGACGUUGCCCUUCAAGGCCCUUCAAGUAGGCUGGAAACCCCAAAGACUCCUAUGUGGAACAUGUUCACCACACCGCAAACAUGGCCACAAUACUCGGACCGUGUCGUGAGUGCACUGAAAAGUGGGAACAUCAUGGCAGACUGGGAUGCACUCAUCGCAGAGACCGCUUACUUCAUUUUGAAACAUCAUGACAUGAAAGCACCAUCAGAGUACGAUGAUGUAGGAAGGCUUGUCAGCGAGCGUUGGCCUUGCAUACUCUUUGAGGAGCAUGGCAAAAAACCAUGGAAUCACUUUGUAAAGAGACUUUCCCAGAAGAUGAGGAACAUAAGAUGGACCAGAAAAAGGAAGAUGGAACAAACCAAACAACCAGCUACAACUAAAAGGACUGCCGUGGCAGCAGCUGAUUACAGUUUUGAAGCUGAUGGAGACAGCCCUGAAGAGCUCUUGAAAGCCGAUCUGCUCUCUGAACUGCAGAAGGACAAGCCUGACAAGGCCAAAAUUGGACAUCUCCAAAAACUGACCUUUAACUUGCGCAAGAGGGAGAAACCGACUUUUCAUGACUAUCCCUUCCUCUUGGAGGAAAAGUUUAUAAAGAGGGAAUUCUUCCUAAGGCAACCAGAAGUGUCAGAGGCUAGCUUACAGCAAAACUGGACCAGUCUAAUCAACAUGGUAACGGAGUGCACCAAGCAGGAUAGAUUUGAGAACACCGAGGGUGAAAUCGGACUACUUAAAUACGUAGACACCAAGAUUGCCAUAACCAAGAGGGUCAAGAAACUUCAACCAGCAAUAUCGGUGGAAAAAGCCACGUACAUUCCCACGUCUGUAGCUAGCGAGGCACCCCGCCUAGUCAUCAUAUCACAUGAAGACGAUCAUGAGCUGUCCAAUGGGUUCCUUCUACAUGAUGGUAAUGUCGUAGAGAUGAGGGACACAAAAAAUGUGAUGGAGAUGGUCCUGUUCUUGUCCCAAGCAUACUAUGCCUGGGACCUUCAGUAUCCAAUACAGUACCAGGUUCUUGGUUUCCUGCAACUGUUUUUGCUCAAAGACAGACUGUCUCCAUUUGAGCGGUCUUGCAGUUUCUUCAAAUUUGAGAAAAGAUUGCGGUCCCUGCAACAUGUUGAAUAAGCACAUCAAAACAACAUAAAAGUUGAAUACUUCCAAAAAUGUUAAAUAACUUUGCUAUGUUCACUUAGGAGUUUUAGAAUGUUAAAACUGUUGACGUCAUGUUCAUGUCAUCAACAAUUCCAUUUUUAAAAACAUGUAUAAGGGAAGUUCCUAUUGUCAUGAAAAUUGGUGGGAAGCUAGAUUGUUGAAAAAAGUCCUGCUCUUGACCCUAAAACUCUGUUGUUUACCAAUGAAAUUAAACCAAAUUUCAGAUCAUGUCAACAAGGCAUGACAAAUUUUAUGGGGCAAUUUUUAUCAGCUUUGUGCAAGAGGGUGAGAUUUAUACGCCAUGCGCCAAAAAAAAUAAUCACUAUUAUAAUCUGCCAAUUUCGACUUGGCGUCCUCCAUUUUCGAUAUAGAGCUGGAGACAGUGGCAAGGAAUGCCGUAUUACCCCUGAUGUCAUUGCAUACCUUCGGUUGGCGCAACAUGCAAUCGUAGAGUUGUGCAAUGACAUCAGGAGUGAUCCUGCAUUCCUUCACAGAAGCUGUCAGCAGCAGCAUGCCCCUUCUGCCACCGUUUCCAGCACAGUAUCAAUUUUCUGAAGUGAGUUUUUUUUUUCGUAUGGCGUAUAAUUCUCACCCUCUUGCACAAAACUGAUGAAACUUGCUCCAUAAAAUGUGUCAUGCUUUUUUUACAAAAUCUGAAAUUUUGGUUUAAUUCCAUUGGCAAACAAAAAAGUUAUUUAGGAUGAUGAGUAGCCUUUUUGACAUGUAGUACGUGUAUUAAUAUGCAAAAUCCAAAGUGUAACUGAAAUUAUUAUUUUAAAGAGCCCAUGUGCAAUGUAAUUUUACAUGCAAUCCUUGAAAAUGCAUGUGUGCCAUUUAAUCUUAUUUUCAAUUUUCAUUUGCCAUUUUACCUGAUAUUUUGGUGCCUUUUAUGUUUUUAUGCCAUUGAGAAUAUUCAUGAGCAAAAGAUGUCAUUUGAGGCAGAAACCACUGAUGUGUUACGGCUAUUUCAGCACAAAAAGGCACCAGAUUUUGGGACAUUUUGUCGCUGUAAAAUGUUCUCUUUUUUCACGGAUUUGUUGUGUCAGUUCAUGGCCUGUAGGAAAUGACGUCAUUUGAACGAGACCUAUAUUGGCAGGAUGUUGUAUUGACGGUGCUCUUAUCAGGGUUCGACUGUACUUUUUUUAAUGAUUAUAAAGGUGCACUUUUUAAUAAAAUCAACUCAAAUGGGAUGUCAAGCAUUCAAUGAAGAAGAGCAUGGUGUCACAAGAUGUGUUCCUCAGGAAAAAGAAACAUUUUAUGGACACUAAAAGGUUGAAAUUGUGCAUUGCUAAAAGCUAAAUACAAAAUUUGUAUAUUAAAAAAUGAAAUGAAAUAUGAGCUAUUUGAAUUAAAAGCAUAAACUAAUUGAUUUUUUUCUAAAAUUAAAUUCAUUUAAUUUUCUUUAAAUGCUAAAUGAAUUUCAAACAAAAUUAUGAAAAUGUUGGACAUUAAAGUUUGUUAAAGUUUGUUCAAAAUGUCUUAGAAUAAGUUAAAA